AAGUCCACGGGAUUUCCUUCUAUCUCUCACCCACGACUUGGCCUCUUCACCUCUCUACAAAACGGUAGAGCUCGCGAGCUCGUUCCCCCAAAUCCCCCAAUUCCUGGGCACCCAACGCGUCACUGUACGCUCCGAUUGCUCAAUCAAUCUCGAGCAGCAAGAGAUCCCACAAGCUAAUUCGGUUCCGCCGCCGGCGUUCGAUUCGUAUACCAUGGGGCUCGACAAGGAGGCGAGCUCCUCGUCCUCCCGGCUCGACGCGGGGGCGCCGCUGCUGCUGCCGCAGCACGGCGGGAGCGGCGGCGGCGGCGCGCACCUAUCGUCGCAGCCCAAGACCUUCGCCAACGUCUUCAUCGCGGUGGUCGGCUCCGGCGUGCUGGGGCUCCCCUACACCUUCUCCCGCACGGGGUGGGCGGCGGGGUCGAUCCUCCUCUUCGCGGUCGCCGCGCUCACCUUCCACUGCAUGAUGCUGCUCGUGGCCUGCCGCCGCCGCCUGGCCGACGAGCACCCCAAGAUCGCCUCCUUCGGGGACCUGGGCGCCGCCGUCUACGGCGCCGCGGGCCGCCACGUCGUCGACGCCAUGCUCGUGCUCAGCCAGGCCAGCUUCUGCGUCGGCUACCUCAUCUUCAUCGCCAACACCCUCGCGCACCUCUACCCCAUCGCCGUCGGGGAUUCCUCGUCCUCUUCCUCCCCGCUCCUCACGGCCAAGGCGCUCUUCAUCUGGGCCAUGCUGCCGUUCCAGCUCGGGCUCAACUCCAUCAAGACGCUCACGCUCCUCGCGCCGCUCAGCAUCUUCGCGGACGUCGUGGAUCUGGGCGCCAUGGGCGUCGUCCUCGGCCAGGACGCGUCCACGUGGCUCGCCGAGAGGCCCCCCGUGUUCGCCUUCGGCGGCCUGGCCGAGAUCCUAUACGGCCUGGGGGUCGCCGUGUACGCCUUCGAGGGCAUCGGCAUGGUCCUGCCGCUGGAGGCGGAGGCCGCGGACAAGCGCAAGUUCGGCGGCACGCUCGCCAUGUCCAUGGCGUUCAUCGCCGUCAUGUACGGGCUGUUCGGCGCCAUGGGCUACCUCGCGUUCGGCGCGUCCACGCGGGACAUCAUCACCACCAACCUCGGCGCCGGCUGGCUGUCGGUGGCCGUGCAGCUGGGCCUCUGCAUCAACCUCUUCUUCACCAUGCCGGUCAUGAUGAACCCCGUCUACGAGGUCGCCGAGCGCCUGCUCUACGGGAAGCGGUACGCCUGGUGGCUCCGCUGGCUACUCGUCGUCUUCGUCGGGCUCAUGGCGAUGCUCGUGCCAAACUUCGCCGACUUCCUUUCGCUCGUCGGGAGCAGCGUCUGCGUCCUGCUCGGGUUCGUGCUGCCGGCCGCGUUCCACCUCAAGGUGCUAGGCGCCGAGAUCGGGUGGCCUGCGCUUAUCGGCGACGCGGCUGUCAUCGUCGUCGGCGUCGCGCUUUCCUUGUCCGGGACAUGGACAUCGCUGGCGCAAAUGUUUGGUUCUUCCGACGCAUAAUCAUCGAUAAGCAGAUGGAUGCGUCGGGAAUGUUCGACUGUACAUUGGAUUAAGCAGAGACACACGGCCAAUUCAGCUACCAUGUUGAGUUUGGCAUGGGUUAUGGUUCCAUUUGGAUACUUGCAUUGCCAUUGCUUGGAAACAAGGGGCAAAUUGUAUGGGCCAUCAUGGUAUCCACCAGCAAAUCUGUAUUGUAGACAUCGUAAGGUUUAAGCGACGACGAAUCUGUGUAUUGUACACGAGUAUUUAUGUUACCGUGGAGGACGUUCGUUCGUUUCAAAAUAUUGGUGUGCGCUACA